AUGUUGAUUUCAGAAUUAAUUAUGGGUUCAUGGUCUGUAGCAAUAUUUCGAUUGAAAAAAUCAAGAAAAGUUGGCUGUGGCUAUUACCUUUUAGUAUCAUCGAUUAAUUCAAUGAUUAUGAUUCUUUUAUUGACAUAUAAAUUUUGGCAACUUGUUCUCUCGCAAAUGUCAUACAUAACGAAUAGAUCAAUACUAUUGGCUAAUUGUGUUUCAACUGAAGUAAUUCUCAAAUCUUGUUUAGCAUCAAAUGAAUGGCUUGAUGCUUGUGUGGCUAUUGAACGAAUGCUUUCUGUCAUCAAAGGUGUGUCGUUCGACAAAAAUAGGAGUAGAACAAUAGCCAAACGAGUGAUUUUUCCUGCUAUUAAUUUAAUCAUGCUUACACAUGUUCAUGAACCCCUCCAUCGCCAAUUGAUCAAUGAUUUAGAUGAAGAUCAACAACGAAUAUGGUGUUUAUCUUCAUAUUCACCUAUAAUGACUAAAUACAACACAUUUAUUACUCUCUUUCAUUAUAUUGGCUCUUUUUCAAUUAAUUUGAUAUCUGCUUUAACAAUUAUUAUAGUGGCAGCUCGUAAUCGAUUUAAAGUAGAAUCAGGACGAGCCUUUAAGAAGCAUUUUUAA